AUGAUGCUCAUUCCCCUGACAUUUGCCUCGCUGUUGGCAGGCACAGCCUAUGCCAACAGCCCACUUCUCGGUCCACCGGUCAAAGAACUCGAUGACAUCGCCAAAGCCAUCCAAAGUGACAUGAGAGCCCGCAUGCCACUCGGCACGUUUUUGAACCUGACAACCGCUCCUUUCACCGAGGUCAACAAGGUUGAGAUGCCCUUGGCACACAGCCUCAGCGACUGCAUCAACAGAAAUACCGGCAAAUGCAGCAAGCUCUAUGCGUGGGAGCGCCUCACGCUCAACCAGAUCCGAAACGUCACCAUCAACUACAGGACCAAUGUGGACAACGAAACCCCCGCCGGCUCAAGCCCUGCGACGAUGAAGCUCGGCAAGACCACGGCCAUAACUGACGCCAGAACCACAGGCUGGAAGAUUGCGGUCAAGGCAGCGGGCAAACUAGGCUUCAGCUCACCAUCUCCAGCGAAGCCGGCAGAGCCAGCAGCACCGGCGGCAGUCGCGGCCAGGGGCAAGAGGGGUGAAGUUGGCUUCGAGGUGACUUAUGAAUACAGCGACCAGUACACCAAGUCCGAGACCAUCACCACCACGACAGAGCGAACGUUCCAGUGUCCAGCCCAUACCACAUGCAGUUAUAUGACCCUCACGUUCAGUGCGACUUUCAUCGGGAGCUGCAAGAGGGUGCCGUGGGUCGAGUGUGGGACUGCGUAUAACGCGUGCCACGAUUUCAAGACGGAUUCGGACGGCAAGCUGGCCUGGACAAAGGACAUGUGCUUUGCCAGCUUCGCCCAGGAGUAUUGCCGUGCUCCCCCGAUUUAUCCGGUCGUGGAUGAGUGCCAGGUAACUGCGCCGGUGCUGGACAAGGACGGCAAGCCGCUGACUGGAGAGGUAUUUGUCGAGAUGCCUCAUGACAGAUCUAAGCCUGAUCAUAUCACCCCUCUCUACUUGCAUUCGUACUGA